GCCUGGCGGCGCCCGGGAGAGCGGCGAGGAGCGGCUCCGCCGCGCCGGGGAAUCGGGAGCAAAGCCGGUAGAGGGGGCUCAUCCCUCAAAAAAAACCAAAACACACCACAGGAGUAAGAACAGGCUUCGAAUAAGUACUUUAAAAUAAAAUUUAAAUGAGAAAAAAGAAAAGGAAAGCAUUGCGUUGGUGCGAGCCGCACCGAACCGACAUCCCGGCUCUUCCCCAAACGCCCCGCGCUCCGCGGCUGGGCAGCGUUUGUGCUUGGUACUUAUUAUCCUCUUCAAUCCCCGCGGUUCUGCAGCAGCCCGUUACGUUGGCAACACAACCGCAGGAACGUCCCCCGGGAGCGGCUGGUUGGGCGCUGCCGCGGGGGAGCGUCCCGGGGGCCGGGCGGACGUGCCGCAGUCCCGCGGGCGGGCUCGGGGGCAGCGCCGGCCCAGCGCAGCGAGAGCCGGCCCAGCCCCGGCCCAGCCCCGGCCCCCGCCCUGGCCCCGGCCCGGCGGUACCUGCCCGUGCCCCCGCGCCGAGCAUGCUGCCGCUGACCUGCCCGCUGCCGCUGACCUGCCUGCUGCUGCUGCUCGGCCGCGCCGCCCCGCUGGCAGGGGAGUAUGGUCUGGAAAUAACCAACAAUGGUCCCAUCACAACGGGAGCUCAAGCUACUGUUCAUGCCAGCCUAAGAAUGAAGAAUGACAGCGUCCCAUCAGAUUUGUAUCACUUUAACUGGAUUUAUGCUCCUCUGAUUCUGAUCCAGAAAUCCGAGCAGCAGUUUAACUCCGUGAUUAAAGUGACCGGUGAAUUUCCUGGGACUUUUCCUGUAUCUGUCUGGGUGACUCAUAGAAACUGUUGGUUAUGUCAGCCAGUUGCUAGAAAUGUCACCGUGCUUCAGAUUACAGAAUUUGUCACAGGGAAUCUGACCAUUGCCCAGAUAGAAGACAGUAGACUUACCACGCGUGGCUCCAGUUCCUCCGCGGGGGCUGUGACCCGGAUUUCCUUCUGUCUUCACGACCCAAGUCAUUUCUUCAAGGCAGCAUCAUUUGUCUACAACUGGGAUUUCGGAGAUGGAGUUUACCAGAUCACCAAGGAGCCCUUUGUCUACUAUAACUGCUCUACCCCGGGGAACCGCACGGUGCACCUGAAAGUCAUCGCCGAAUGGGAGCAGAUGGGAAGCGUCAUACAUGAAAGAGAAACGGUGCAGAAAACCGGUGACUUUACCACUGCUCUGGAGCUGUCUGAUGCUGUGAGAAGCGUUAACGUAGUGGGCUCCAGAGAGACCCACGUCAUGGAAAACUUGAGUUUGUCUCUGCACAUCAACGGCACCCCUCCACUGGCCCUGUGCUGGCUGAUAAAAGCCGAGUGCAUCCCCCUGGACGGGGAGAAAUGCCAUCUCGUGGUGGUGAACGGCUCCUGCUACAAUCUCAGCCAUACGUUCAGCUACGCGGGGCAGUAUUGCCUCAGCGUCCGAGUGGAGAACGGCGUGACCAUGCUGCAGACCUACCACCCGAUCCGAGUGUGGCCGGCAGGGAUCCGCCCGGCUCUCUUCGUCCUGCUCUGCAUUGCUGCGGUUUCAGUCGUACUGGGGCUGGUGCUGUACACAACCUUUCGAAGUACCACACAACAGAAAGAUCUCGUGGAGGUAGCUGACUUUGACUUUUCUCCACUGUCUGACAGAAACCUGUCUCCUCAUUCGGAGUCAGGCUGUGGCCAAAUAUGCUGCAGAUCAUGUUUCCUUCAGUCAUCUCAAGAAGCCGCCAGAGAGAGUCAUGAACUUCUACUUUCUUUUUACAAGCCAGUCAAAACGUACACGGUGUGAGGAACACAAUUGCACCUUGGUUACACGAACCGCCACCUUCUCACUCACCGCGUUAGAAGCCCCAUGCUACAUGAAUGGUUUGGGUUUGCCCAUGCAAUGAGGUUAAACACCUUUAGUCCAGCACCUGGGCGUUUCAUUCACUGAACUGGAAGAGAACAAGCCCUGAAACACAGUCGAAGUAUCUUUCUAUUUUUAAAUUAUACGGGUGUAUACAUUUAGAGCUGUAAAUGCAGCAUUUUAUUCUUAUGAAAGUUGGUUUUAUGUGCAGAUUUGCUAACCUCACUACCUCUUGUAAUUUCUCUGUUCCUUCUGCUGUCUGUUUUAAAGAAGAAAAUGUUUAAGACACACAUACCUCUCUUUCCUGUGUUAAAGCAGUAUUAUUGGAAAUGGAAUUCACCCAAAA